AUGGCUCGAAGGGACCAAAACUUAUGCACUGCUAUGGCUUUGCGCCGUAUGUUUUAUUAUUUAAAUUCAGGUGGGGCAGCGACUGCAGCUGUCAUGUCAGCUGCUCAUGCUGUUGAGGAACGGCGCUCGGAUUUGCAGCGAGAAAUUCUAAUGAGGGAAGCGGAGCUACACACGCUGAGGGCGCAGCACGAGACAUCCACUGCAGAGAUUGCAAACUUGCGCCACGAGCUGUUGGAGGCAAGCCGGGAAGUUUCAUCGGCCCAAUCACGUUUGGCUGACGCCGAACGGAUGGUGCAUGACAAAAUUGAAGCAGCCGCUCGACGUCACAUCCAGACGUCCAGUUCUACCUCCAAGGAGGUCGUGGCGACGAAUCGACGGGCUGCAGAGAGCGAUCGAAAUGCCGAGGCUGCAGUUGCGGCCAAGAAAGAGGCGGAAAGAGAGGCCAGGGAUGCUAAUUUGGAACUCUCGAAACUCAAGGUGGAACUGGAGGUGCUGCAGCAGCAAUCGAAGCGCGAUGUCGCCAAGGCAAAUGGGGCGGCGGACUCGGCCGCGGCCGAAUCUUGCUCUGCGAAGCAGGACUUCCAGAGAUUGGAGUGUGAGGCCGAGGAGCUGCGAGUGCGCGUGUCGGUGCUCCUGGAGACGAUCGAGACCCUCCAGGCGGGGGAGCCUGGGGAGCGCGAGCAGCGCAUUGUGUCUCUCACCUGCCAGCUCACCGCGUCCCAGUCCAAAGAAGGAUUGACGGAGGCGCGGAUGAGGAGGUGGGAGGCAGAAGUUAGCGCACAGGAAGUACGCAUCUUGGAGCUGGAGAAGGAGGUCGAAAGGUUGAACAGCGAAACACCGCAAUGGCAGGCUUCAGUUGCAGCCAAGCAAGCUGCUUUGGAAAUGAUGGAAAAGGAGAUGUCGGCGCUCAGGUCAGAGCUGAAGUCGCAGUCUCAAGAGAUUUGCAGUGUUUCCCGCCGACUGGAUGAGGCCACUGUUGAUCUUGAGAAAUCUGAAGCUACUGCAGAUAGUCUGAGAGCGGGCAUGAGGCAGGCCAGCAACAGGCAUUUCGAGCAACUGAACAGAGAGCGCACAGCUGCCGCGUGCGCGCUUCGAGCGGCCAAGUCGGAGGGACUGAUGCAGCGCCUGGCGAAGGACGGGGACAGCGGCUUGGAGGCCGUCAUCCACAGCCUCGCUUCGAAGAUGGGCGAAGCCGUUGCGCUGGUGAAGCGGCACUGCUUCGCGGAGGCCAGGAAAGAUCAAUCGGGCGAGGUCUGCGCGGGAGACCAAUGCUGGCCAAUCGAAGUGAUGCAGCACUUUAGGGAUGCAGCCAUUGAUGCCUCCAAACGGCUGUACAGGGCAGAGUGCGAUGCGCGCAUUUUUCAGGCUGAAGCUGCCUCUGGGAGGUCCAAAAUGAGAGGGCUAGAAAGUGCUUUGGAGCAGAGGACUCUUGAUUGGGAAAUCGCGGAAGCCAUGAAGCAAAAUAUCGUCCUCCAGAGUGACCGCCAGAAUGAUCUCAAGCGCGAUCACAUGCGCGACAGGCUCGGGUUGCAGGAACACCAACUGCAGGCUCUUUCCAAACAAGUUGAGAAAUUGACGGUGACGCUGAUCGAAGAGCGCACCCACCGCAAGGCUGCAGACGCUCAGCUGCAGAAACAGAAGGACGAGGCGGGGUCCCUGCAGAGGAGCCUCCUGUCUGCGCAGGGAGAAAUAAAGGAGCUGCAAGAGCUUGUCGCUUCCAACCUGCUGCUGGCUUCAGGGUCGCCCCACGCGUCCGAUGCUCGAAGCGUGGAGGACGCCAUCUCCAUGCGCGACAGGGAUGUUGUUUCCUACUUCGAGGCGGAGCUGUCCAGAGUCCUGCUUUCAGCCGACCCCAAGGAGAAGUUGAUGGCCUUGACAAGAGAGGUGUGCGCACUGAAACUGAGCGAGAGCCGACUGCUAGCGUCCCUCGCUGCUGCCGAGCGCAAGGGCGACGGGGCUGGGAUGCAUUGCGGCAAAGUCAGAGCUGCUCUUGGCGCCGCGGAAGCCAAGAUUGCGGAACUCCAGGAUAGAGAGGGACACGGCGAUGAUGGCGCUCAAAGGGAUUUGGCCGACUCACAUGCCCAGCUUGCUGCCAAGUCGCACGAGAUCUUCAGACAAAGGCAAGAGCUUGUACAAAAGACACAGGCACUAGCGUCGAAAGAACUCGAGGUGCAGGCGCUGGAAGCAGAGCGCUCGGAGUGGCAGGCCACACUGAAGAGAGCUCAAGACGGGGCCGAGGCAUCUCUUCAGCUGUUAAGAGAGGAGCUCAGUGGACGGCACGAAGAUGAGAAAAGGCAGCUCCUGGAAGAAAUGGAGGAUUUGAGGUCCAAGAACAAGAUGAUUGCAGAGACCUGCAAGCAAGGCAUGUCGCUAAUGUGA